AUACGUACCCACAUUGAAAGAUUUUUCAAGAAACAUUUCAAAAUGAGUGAGAUAACCGAAUCUAAUGUCGAACAAUUCAAAACUGAGCACGAGUGUGACGAACACUGGGAGUUACGAAGAAAAUUUCUCUUGGCACACAGUGACAAGUUCUCUAGAGAUGAGCUGGUGUGUUUGGCUCAAGUUUUUACAAAUGUGGAGUUCCUUGGCUGCAGAUAUCCCAAGGAGACGAUGCAAAUGAUUUCUGAAUUAUCUCACGAGGUUGUCAAGGACUACAGAGUCAAACAAAAGACGAGACUACAGAGAACGUUUGUCAAGGCCUCUGACGCAGCCAGCUCCAAGGCUAAAGGUACAGCCAGGAAUUGUGAAUCGAGGUCUCCAAUCAGAUUUCCAGUAACAAAAGCAGGAGGAGAGUCAUCAAACUGUAAUUUGCAAUCCUCAAACGUUAAUUUCAAAAGGACAAAAGAACAGAAUCAACAGCACAAAAAUCCAGCAGCCAAGAGAAAAAAGUUGAAUCCAAAGGCUUCAGAAAUCGUUUUGUUUGAGUAUCUAAACGACACUCCACAAAGCAUUGUCGCUAGAGUUGCUAACAGCAAUGGCAUAAAUCUUGAAUGGAAAUUCACUAACUCUGGAUGCAAUGUCGUUUGUACUGUGCUUUAUAAUAGACAGAAAAUGGGACAAGGUGUAGGACUUAAUCAAAAGGCUGCAAAAAAGGAAGCCUCGGAAAUAGUGCUGGAGGAGUUGAGAAAACGCCACUACACGAUCAAAGUUACCAAGAACCUGACUCCAACAGUUUCUGAUAACUUGAAUCUGCACGAAAAACCUGAAUUUAAUGCUUUGAGCAGCGACAACAUUGGCUCUAAAAUGAUGAAGUUGAUGGGAUGGUCAGGUGGAGGACUCGGAAAGAAAGGUCAAGGUAUAGCAGAACCGAUUAGCGUACACCAGCAGUUGACUAGAGAAGGGCUUGGUCUAAAACCAGGGAUGUAUAACAUGGGACUAUUUAAAAAGAAGUGCUCGGAAGUACUUCAGAAUUAUAUGCGUGGUGACACAAUAACGGAUCUGGUAUUUUCUCCGUGCUUUACUAACGACGAGAGAGCCACUGUACAUCAAAUUGCCCAACAAAUCGGUUUGAAAUCACAAAGUUAUGGUCCUAAGAGUCAGAGAAUUUUGACAAUAUCACGAAAAAUACAUCCUAGGGAACUGGUUAAGGAGCUGCUGGAACUUGGCGGUGUCACGGAAAAAUAUGAACUCAUCGAACCUCUGAUGGAUAACUAAACUACACAAUAGCUGGCCAAUAGCAAAUACUUGUAUUAAUUGGUUUUUUACACGAUGUACACUUUAAAAUAAAAAAUUAAGUAAU